AUGCCAUUUAUUUCAUUUGUGAAAUAUUUCGAAUGUGUGGAUAUUUGUAAAAUAAGACCCGAUUGGUAUGAAGUACGAGAUUCGGCGAAUUUCUAUCCCGAACAGGGAAUGAUGCAAUGUUAUUAUUUAACAAUUAAAUCUCUAACUGAACUUGAUAUCACACUUCAUAGGAAAAUAAGUAAAAAUCUUCGAAUUCAACGAAGUGAAGUUAGUCUUUGUGUUGCAAUUGUUAAUGUCGAAGAAAGAACUCACGGAAAUUAUCGAAUUUAUUCAAUACCAAUUCUUAGUCAACGUGGUCAACAUAAAUUUGUUUCAACAGAUGGUUUUCUUCAACCGGGAACGUAUCUCAUUUUACCUUUUCUAUUCAAUCCAAUUAAUAAACAAAUGGACAAUACAGAAUUUAAUAUUGCUGUACAUAGUUCUUGUUCAAUUGAUCUUGAACGAAUUCGAAUUUCCUUGAGAAUUCAACGAGAAUUUUUGAUAAAACUUUGUAUAUUUUAUGGUGAAGAAGUUCAAACGCGAAAUUCAAUGGAUGAUGGAGUGAAAAUUUAUGAAUUAAAGAAAUUUUGGGAUGGAUUAAUCUUACUUGUCGAAAAUCGAAAUCUCAAUAAAAAUGUGCAUUUUCAUUUUCGUUGUACUUUAUCACAAAAUGCAUUUAUAUCACGAAAAGAUUCAAAUCAUCAACUAUUUGAUGUUAUUCCAUCAAUGCAUCGACAAAUUAUUGUUACUAUUGCAAGAAAAAAUGCGUCACAUUCAUUUACUAUUGGUCAUGACUUUCAAUAUAUACUUUCUUCACAAGAUUUCAUUAAAAAUUCACAUAUCAAUAAACAAAAACAUUGGCCUAAUAUUGAUGAAUCAAUUCUUAGUGAAGAUAUACAUUUACCUCAAAGUAUUUCUAAUACUAAACACCAAUAA